UUCCCAACAAUGGAUUAGUCGUAUAUUGUGGUACCAUUGUUACAGAGGAAGGAAAAGAGAAAAAGGUCAAUAUCGAUUUUGAACCUUUUAAAGCCAUUAACACAUCACUUUACCUUUGUGAUAAUAAAUUUCAUACCGAAGCAUUAUCCGAAUUACUGGAAUCCGAUAAUAAAUUUGGAUUCAUCGUCAUGGAUGGUAAUGGUGCUUUAUUUGGAACCUUAAGUGGUAACACGAGAGAAGUUAUUCAUAAAUUUGCUGUGGAAUUACCAAAGAAACAUGGUGGUCAAUCCGCUUUACGUUUUGCUCGUCUUCGAGAAGAAAAACGUCAUAAUUAUGUUCGUAAAGUUGCAGAAUUGGCUGCUCAAUUCUUUCUUACAAAUGAUAAAGUCAAUGUUACUGGUCUUAUUCUUGCCGGUUCAGCUGACUUUAAGACAGAAUUAUCACAAUCAGAUAUGUUUGAUAAUCGUCUUCAAACUAAAGUCAUCAAAUUAGUUGAUGUUUCAUAUG